AUGGCUAUAGCUGGCUGGCUCGAUUUCUGCGGGGAAAGAGCUAUGUCGUCAAUCAUGGAAAUUCAUGACGAGGAUGUGGGAAAAGGCACAGGGUACAAGGGAGCGAAUGAGAGUGUGCAGGGGGCUGCAAACUUUCGAGGCACCAUGCUGUAA